AACUGUCAGUUAGAGGCCACAGCGCUUGCGCGACGGUCGAGUCACGAUAUAACCCAACAAAACGAAAUAGACGACUAUCACUCUAGUUCAUUAGGCUACAAGGUCACUUCGCGAUUGAGUAUCGUUACCAUAAUACCGGGAGUUGUAGGUUUUAGGUUAGUUUUGUGUUUUAUCGAAAUAUUUGACCGUGAAAGUGUUAUUUAGUGUUGUAAGUGUAAUUUAUCGAAUUUGUGAAAAUAAUGAUUAGCUAUUAUAGCUAUUUGAAGCGUCGUGAAGGAUGAAACAUGUAUUCGACGUCUAGUCACUGCGAUAUUUUUUUGCCUAGAAAUAUUGUGUACUUAAUAUAGAUUUUUGAUUAUAGAAUUGUUAUCAUAGACUAAUAAUAGUGUCAUAAAAUGAAAUACGGAAAGAGAAUAGUGUUGUUCACUCUAUUUGCCUUGAAUUUAGUUGACCAACCAACACCGCCCGUGAAGAUAGAACAAGGGACUUUGACCGGUAAUGUGAAUGCAGAUGGCACUAUUUUAGAAUACAUAGGUAUUCCAUAUGGGACAGUUAAUAGUUCGAAUCGCUUUCAGGCGCCCUAUCCUCCGCCAAAAUGGGAAGGCAUAUACAGAGCUACGGAAGAGUACUCCUGCCCACAAAAUGCCCCAGUGUUGGGAUUCGUAGGCUCCGAAGACUGCUUGAAAGUAAACGUAUACGUUCCAGCUAAAGCAAAGAGACCAUUGCCUGUGAUGGUCUUCAUACAUGGAGGAGCAUUCAUUCUUGGAAGUGGAGGGAAACUGGUCUACAGACCCGAAUUCUUGGUCAGAUAUGACGUAAUUUUAGUAACAUUCAACUACAGACUCGGCGUUUUAGGUUUCCUCUGUCUUGGAAUAAAAGAGGCUCCAGGAAAUGCCGGUAUAAAAGAUCAAAUAGCUGCUUUAAGAUGGGUGAAGAAGAAUAUAUCUGCUUUCGGUGGUGAUCCUGAUAAUAUAACCAUCUUUGGUGAAAGCGCUGGGGGGACGUCUGUGUCUUUACUACAUGCUAGCAAAGCCACUGAAGGAUUGUUUAACAAAAUGAUAGUACAAAGCGGAUCAGCUAUUUCGAAUUGGGCUAUCAAUAGAGAUCCAAUUUGGGUUGCCAGUAUCAUAGCCAAAGCUUUAGGUCAAAACACAGAGGAUCCUCAAGAACUGUAUGAAAUAUUUUCAAAAACGUCCAUGGAGAAACUUAUAACAACUAAAGCAAAGAAACCGAUUCACAAAUACUUUGACACAGAGUUAUUAAGUAUACCAUGUGUAGAAAAACCUAUACCUGGAGUCGAACCGGCUAUUGAUGAUUUACCUUACAAUCUGAUUCGCAGCAAUCCAAAGAAAAUACCAGUGAUAUACGGUUCAAAUACUAAGGAAGGAGAAUUCUUGGUACACGGGGCGACAGAAACAGCUUACAACGAAACAAAUUAUAACUAUCUUUUCGCUUCCGAUUUAAUCUUCCCACAUGAAGAGGAAGCGAUAGAAGUAGAUAAGAAAUUGAAAAAGUUUUACUUUGGUGAUCAACGUAUAAGUUUAGAAAUGAAGUCGCAUUUAGUAGAUUUGUAUACGCAAUUGUAUUUUGAGCUUCCAGAAAUUUUUGAAGCAGAAAUGGUCAUUCCAAAUGAUGUGCCUGUUUUUAAUUACAUAUUUAAUUAUGCUGGUGGACGGAAUUUCUUGAAAACUAGAAUGGGUAUAUCCAAUGAGACAGGUGCUUGCCAUGCUGAUGAGUUAUUGUACCUGUUUAAUGGAAACAUUUGGCCUUAUCCUAUUACUAAGAAGGACCAACAGAUGAUCGACUGGAUGACGAUGAUGUGGACUAACUUCGCUAAAUAUGGGAACCCCACUCCACCGUCUUCAAGCUUACCAAUAAAGUGGGAACGAAGUACGAAGGAUAAACUGAAUUUCCUCUACUUUGAUGAUGAGCUAAGCAUAGGUCCAAUGCCUAACCCUGGAGGAUACCAGAUAUGGAAGGAAGUUUACCAAAAAUAUAGGAGAAAAGACUUGAAGUACUUUUUACCAAUAAAACAAUGACGUAGAAAAAUUAUCUUAUAGCAAAAUUUAAUAGAACAAAUAUUUAUUAUUUACA